GCCAGCUCCGGCCGCUGAUUGGUUGUACUGGGAGAAGGCGGCCCAGCCGGUAGCGGUUACUGGGGUUUCCGGUACGAAGCCAGAGCGGGGACGCUGUCGGAGGACGGCGGUGAGAUGCGGGGAGCAGCGCGGGUGAGACGAGACAAUACGAAUGAGCGGCGCCCCGAGAGCCUGCCAGGGCACGUCAGGGUCCCCUGAUUGCCCAGAGACUGAGUACCGCUGGCUUCUCCGGUGAGGGCCAGCCAGUUUGUUUCAAGCAGCUUUGUGUUCCUGGUGUUGGGAUUUCGGGUCCGGGCUGUGAAGAAUUUUGAAGUCUGGAAAAUAGCAACUGCACACGUUCUUAAGGAUCUACUCCUAACCUAGCGCUGCACAGCACAAUGAAGAACCAAGACAAAAAGAAUGGGGCUGCCAAACAGUCCAACCCCAAAAACACUCCGGGGCAGCCGGAAACGGGAGCAGAGGGCCCCCACGGGAGGCCCAGCCAGUCGCCUCCUGCUGCAGAAGCUGAAGGUUCCACCAGCGAGGCUCCCGGGAAGACGGAGGGGGCUCAAGCCAAGACAUCUCAGUCUGGAGCCCUCCGUGAUGUCUCUGAGGAGCUGAGCCGCCAGCUGGAAGACAUCCUGAGUACAUACUGUGUGGACCACAAUCAGGGUGGCUCAGGUGAGGAUGGAGCACAGGGUGAGCCCACUGAACCCGAAGAUGCAGAGAAGUCCCGGACCUAUGCUGCAAGGAAUGGGGAGCCUGAGCCAGGGACCCCAGUAGUUAAUGGUGAGAAGGCGACCUCCAAGGGGGAGCCAGGCACAGAAGAGAUCCGGGCGAGUGAUGAGGUCGGAGAUCGGGACCACCGAAGGCCACAGGAGAAGAAGAAAGCCAAGGGUCUGGGGAAGGAAAUCACGUUGCUGAUGCAGACACUCAACACGCUGAGUACCCCAGAGGAGAAACUGGCAGCGCUGUGCAAGAAGUAUGCUGAACUGCUGGAGGAGCACCGGACUUCACAGAAGCAGAUGAAGCUCCUGCAGAAGAAGCAGAGCCAGCUGGUACAGGAGAAGGACCACCUGCGUGGAGAGCACAGCAAGGCUAUCCUGGCCCGCAGCAAGCUUGAGAGCCUAUGCCGCGAGCUGCAGCGGCACAACCGCUCCCUCAAGGAAGAAGGCAUACAACGGGCCCGGGAGGAAGAGGAGAAGCGCAAGGAGGUGACCUCACACUUCCAGGUGACACUGAAUGACAUUCAGCUGCAGAUGGAACAGCAUAACGAGCGCAAUUCCAAGCUGCGCCAAGAGAAUAUGGAGUUGGCUGAGAGGCUCAAGAAGCUGAUUGAGCAAUAUGAGCUGCGUGAGGAGCACAUUGACAAAGUCUUCAAACACAAGGACCUACAGCAGCAGCUAGUGGAUGCGAAGCUCCAGCAGGCCCAGGAGAUGCUGAAGGAGGCAGAGGAACGGCACCAACGGGAGAAGGACUUUCUCCUGAAAGAGGCAGUGGAAUCCCAGAGGAUGUGUGAGCUGAUGAAGCAGCAGGAGACCCACCUGAAACAGCAGCUUGCCCUAUACACAGAGAAGUUUGAAGAGUUCCAGAACACACUUUCCAAGAGCAGCGAGGUAUUCACCACAUUCAAACAGGAGAUGGAAAAGAUGACUAAGAAGAUCAAGAAACUGGAAAAAGAAACCACCAUGUACCGGUCCCGGUGGGAAAGCAGCAACAAGGCCUUACUUGAGAUGGCUGAGGAGAAAACUCUGCGGGAUAAAGAGCUGGAGGGCCUGCAGGUGAAAAUCCAGCGGCUGGAGAAGCUGUGCCGGGCACUACAGACAGAGCGCAAUGACCUGAACAAGAGGGUACAGGACCUGAGUGCUAGUGGCCAGGCCCCCCUCACUGACAGUGGUCCUGAGCGGAGGCCAGAGGCUGCCCCUGCAGCUAAGGAGCACGGCAGUGAGGGGCCUGGGACUCAAGCACCCAACUCCUCAAGGGCCACCGAAACGCCUGGCUGCCCAGAAACACCAAGCACGGAAACAAUGGGGCCUCAGGCGCCCACUUCUGCCACCACAUAGACAGCCUGGUGCUUGAGGCAUGCUGGGACGGGAGCAGCACCCAGCCAGGCCUGGCCCAUACUAGGCUCCCACACCAAACAGCCAGUGCUGAAGUCAGGGUGUUCUGACCUGAGAGGCCUCUGCCACUUCGCAAUUUUGGAUUUUGUGGGUCAGUUUCACAUACACAGCAUAUGUGCAAGGCCUCGUGCAUUUACAUCUCUAAAUGUACAGGGGCUUGCGUUGAAGGUGGGUGUACAGAUGAAGUCAGUGCUCCUCUAAGCUGAAGAGUCUUACAGAGGAGGUGUCAUCUGUAGCUGCCAUCACAGUGAGCUGGCAGGGCAAGUGACUUGAGCAUUUCUUGCCCAAUUUGAGGCUCAGACCCCUCCCAGCCCUUCAGAGCUUAUGACAAGUAAUAUACCAAGUCCUGGAUUGCAUUCUGUGGUGAGCAGGGCUUGGGCAGCUCGGGCUUUUUAGCUCUCACAGAGGUGUCAUUGCUUCUCAGCCUGGGAAUGCUGUUCCUCUGCAGAGCCUCAGCGUGGCACUCGGAGCCUAGGGCAAGGGACCUGGAGAAUGUUUCACUGUGGGAUGAUGUGCUGGUUGGGCGCCCCUGGGGCACUGUUUCCCUUGCCCACCUGUAGUGCCAGGACCAGGCCAAUGUUGCUUCUCAGUAGCCUUAUCAUUCACAGGUGCCUCUCUAGCCUGCAUAAAUGAUUGGCAAGAGAUCAGCCAAAGGAUUCUUUCUGAAGGCAUAUUGUUUUGCACGUGACAGUUCAUGCGAGGAUUUUCUGAGGAAAAGGGAUCCUCAAAUAGUGGUCCUGGGUGCCUGGCCUCCAGUGUCCCACCCCUCACCGCCCCACCUUGCUCCUUAGCCGUGUUGGUGCUGAGGUUUCGUCUUCGAAAGGGAAGAUCAGAUUGUUUAAGAGAAAGAAAAGGGCUUCUGAUGGCUUUGCCAUGAGCUUGCCUGUGAGUUUCAACCCUGGGAGGCCACGAUAGAGUCCCAUCACCACCAUCUCCGUGCAGCAGUUGCUGGGCUCUGGGUCCCGCUCCCCCUUGGCUUUAUGGUUCUUUUUCUGCUUCCUGCACCCCAACCCCAACCCCAGUGUGCAGUCCUUGAGGUUUGCUGCAGUGGACAUUUCUUCACCUCCUUGCCCAAGAAAUAAGAGUCCUCCUUGGAAUUCUAUUUCUUCCUGUGUGGGAGCCCCCAGCUGUUACCUUACCUUGACAGAAUAGAAUUCUGAAGUAGACUGGGCCCAGGAAAUCCACAAAAAGGCUGCAGAUGGUCUUUCUGUCCCACUCUACCUGACCCAGAACAUUAUUACUCUGUACUGUGUGUAGCAGCUCUGUGUUAAAAGCUCUUGUUGCCCACCUGGAAGGGUAUUAGUCGCUGUUUGGACAGAGCAGUUUUCUGGGGCAGUAGAAUGAGUCUUGAAAGCAGGGUUCUGCUGAGCUAGGGGUACUUUAGAUGCCCAGCAACAGUUUGAGUGUUGAGACCUCUUUGCCAUCCCUGGCUAGAUCUGCUCUCCUAAGGAGAAAUGUUUUGCAAGAUCUUUGUCUUCCCCACUUUGAAGUCCCUUGGAAUGGUCCCUUCCUGUUCCUGCCCCAGUAAGGCCUCCCCCAGCCUCAUGCCAGGCUGAAGAACAAAAACUGUCCAAGCCACAGAGGGUUUGUUAGGCUGUGGAGGCGUAGGAAAGAGAGAGAUCUGCUUGCCCCCAUGGAGAAAGUGGAAAGGCCUACAGUGGCCCACAUAAUUGCUUGCCUCACUUCAGCUACCUCUUAAAGCCCUUGGGGGGUUGGAACCGUUGGAUCCCAGGGUGGAAGGAUGGGAAGCUUCAGUAUGCAGGUGGUCCCAGCUGGGCUCCUUAUAGCAGAAAUGUGAGCCCCAGACCAGGUAGAACAUUGGCUCUUGGCUCCAUCCAUUUUUAGGCACCCAUGCCAAACUGUUCAUGGGGAUCUCUUUCUUUCUCUUCCAUUCCAUUGACCAAAUCUCACCGGUCACUACAGCUGCUGUGCUUGUUCUGCUGUCCAAAGUCAGCUUGGGUGCUGCCCACCCUAGCCAAGAAUGGGGGGAGUGGCCUAUGUCUGAGUGAGAGCCAGUCUCUUGCUCACCCAGGUGAGUCCUAUGCACAUGACCUCAGUUUUAGGACCAAGAGCUGUGUUGGUUUCUUAGGUAGUUAGUUUUUGCUCCAGGGACCGCAGUUAGGCUCAGAGCCCAAAGCCCUAGCUCUGCUAACAGUAACUCUGUUCAAGGACCUUGCCUAGCUGAGCUUCAUGCACACCAGAUUCCUACAGAUGUCAGCAGCACUUUUUUAUUUGCCAUUUGUUUUCCUGAAGUUUUUAAACCAUGGGCUGAGCUCAGGCACUUUCUGUAAGAAUGUUAUUUCUGUAAAGUAAUUUAUCCCUCCAUCCCCAUCAUGGUCUCCCUACUGAGGGUUGACCAAGAGGCCAACAGGGCUGCCCUGGUGGCACCCGCGGAGAGGCUGAGGCCUGCCAAGCUGCUGCUCCAGCCCUCCUGCCCUGCACAGCACAGAGGUGGUCACCCAGGACAGCCAGGCACCUGCCUGGGAGAGAGAGCUGCCUCUGUCCCUGUAACAGCUUUCCUCAUGGCCCCACCUGGUCACCCAAACUUGUUUAAAAGUUGUGCUGACAGCUCCCUUUCCCCUUUUGGUAUUCACAACAGCCAGGGACUUGAUAUUGAUGUAUUUUAAACCACAUUAAAUAAAGAGUCUGUUGCCUUACA